UCGCUGAAGCAGGAGCAGGCCAAAAUGAAGUUCAAUCCCUUUAUCACUUCUGACCGAAGCAAGAACCAGAAAAGGCAUUUCAAUGCAUCUUCCCACAUUCACAGGAAGAUUAUGUCUUCUCUUUCCAAAGAGCUGAGACAGAAGUACAAUGUGCAGUCUAUGCCCAUCCAAAAGGAUGAUGAGGUGCAGGUUGUAUGGGGACACUACAAAGGUCAGCAGAUUGGCAAAGUGGUCCAGGUUUACAGGAAGAAGUAUGUCAUCUACAUUGAACGGGUACAGUGUGAAAAGGCCAAUGGCACCACUGUCCAUGUGGGCAUUCACCCCAGCAAGGUGGUUAUUACCAGGCUGAAACUGGACAAAGACAGCAAAAAGAUCCUGGAACGGAAAGCCAAGUCCUGCCAAGUAGGAAAGGAAAAGGGCAAAUAUAAGGAAGAAACAAUUGAAAAGAUGCAGAAUGAAGUAAUCUUACAUACAACUUUCAUUAAAAAAAAAAAACUGGGACACGUUCCCAAGAAAAACAAAAGGAGGGAAGGUAUAUUUGGGCUUACAACUUUAGAGGCUUUGGCCCAUGGUCACCUGGCCGUGGCCAGGCAGAACAUUGCAAUGGGGAACACAUGGAAGAGCGAAGCUGCUACCCCUCAUGGUAGCAGUCAUCGGAGAGAAGGUGGGGCCCCAGAACGAGGUGCACUUUGCCAGGGAACCGUGCAGUAA